UUGCGCAAUUAUUCACUAUGUUUCAGACCCGAUCCUAUAAUUGUUGAUCAACAAUGGGAAGAAGACAAAACAUCAAGCCAUGUGGAAUGGCAAAUUGAUGAUGCCUUGGUCAACAGCCAAUAUAGUUAUGAUUUUCCGCUAGCAAUUCAUGUGCCUUCUCCAAGUGUACUUUCUAUUAGGAGUAUGCUCAAACAAUAUCGAAGUUCACGCGGAGAAUCUUGGGACGAAUCGGGUCCGUCCAUCUCCGAACAUUGCUCAUUAUCUACAGAGCCAUCGGUUCAUAUCAGACAGGCGUACUGGGACAACUACCACUCGCCAAAUGCUUCCCUUUCAUCAUUUGACUAUGAAGUUCCUCUGCCAAGCCCAGAUUAUGAGGGAAUUGCAUUAUCGGCUCGUCGCUCGCGGAGGUUGCGCUCGUGCCCAUCCGACAUAACGGUGCCGCCGUCACAGUCUGUAAGAAACCGCAGUCUUCCCGAGUCUGCUCGUCAUCAGCCCAGCUUUUGCACCCCGCACGAUCCGCUUCUGUUUUCUCCCCCGCUUUCGUUUCGUAUUUCGGAACCAUUUAUGCUUUCCAAGCUUGCUGUUCAGUGUGAUUCGCCCCCGCCCGAUGCACCCAUUGCUUUCGAAUCCCCGCCCGUUCCCUUUAUUUCAUCUUCUGAAACGGUGCAACCCGCAGAACUUUCCUAUCCUCAGUGCUCUGUUCCUAGAAUUUUGAACGAGGUUGCAGUACAUGGGAUACCACGACUGCAAUUAAGCGAUUCGCCAUCGCCCAGAUCGCAAGCCUUGACAUCGCGAUUCCGAUCGUCUCUGUUCACCAUUACUGAACGACGGCAGUCGCAUUUGGAGGAAUCACAACAGGAGGACCCAGCUCCGAUAAUGAAACGCAAAAAGCAGCGACGGCAAGCCCGUCUGAACGACCCGUUGCACGAGGUCGACUGGCUGAACGUCAGUCCUCGUGUGAUGCAGCUCGUCAAGGAGGAUCUACCGAAACUCUUCGAGCAUGUACGCAACGGACCUUCCAGCUCUUCCUCUAUAGUGCUAGUUAGCCCACGUACUGUAAGUUCGCUUUCCGCUUUUGUGUGUCCUCGCUUAUUUUCGUAG